UGCCGUCUUGUGAAGUACCUUGCCUGACCAACCAAGCUGGAAUAUCGCUUUUGUCCUCCACAACACUUGUCGCCAACGACUCUGCGGAGGAAAGUCUGCUUUGCUUGGAUUCCAGCUGCAAGUCCAAUCCACCAGGUCAGAGUAAUGUCAUCGGAACCAGUUCACAGGAUCCUACGAGUGGUUCUUCUGGGCACCUUCAUCAUAGGAUGCUUCGUGACUUUCUUUUUGAUGUAUUUUAAGCCAUCCGCCUGCUGGCUGUCAGGUCCCGUGGGGUACGUCACUCCCACCAAGAGCGAUCCCAAAGUGACCACGGUACUCGUCUGGUUCUGGCCCUUUGGAGAGAGGUACGACCUGAACGUAUGCGCCUCGGAAUUCAGCAUUGACGGCUGCUUCAUCACGGCCAACCAGACCUUCUUCAACCAGUCGGACGGUGUCGUCAUUCACCAUCGUGACAUCCGCUCCGACUUGUCCAACCUUCCGCCGCUCCGGCGUCCGUCCUUCCAGAAGUGGAUCUGGAUGAAUCUAGAGUCGCCGACGCACUCUCCCCAGCUGGCUGGCACGAAGAACCUCUUCAACCUGACGCUCAACUACCGCCGCGACGCCGACAUCCCAGUGCCUUAUGGCUUUGUGGUUUCCACCGAGGGUGAGGACAACGUCAUCCCGCCCAGCAAGAACAAGCUGCUCUGCUGGAUUGUGAGCAACUGGAACCAAGAGCACGUGCGGGUCAAGUACUACAACGAGCUGUACAAGCACAUCAAAGUGAACGGGUAUGGCAGGGCCUUCGGAAACCGCAUCGAAAACCAGGACUACUUCCCCACCGUCGCCAGCUGCAAGUUCUACCUGGCAUUUGAGAACUCCAUCCACAAGGACUACAUCACCGAGAAGUUCUACAACCCGCUAGGAGUGGGCACCGUACCCGUGGUGCUGGGCCCUUCACGGGACAAUUAUGAAAACGUCAUCCAGGGGGACGCCUUCAUCCACGUGGAUGACUUUGCGUCCCCUAAGGAUCUGGCCGACUACCUGCUGCUACUGGAUAAGAACGAAGAGAUGUAUCUAAAAUAUUUUAAGUGGCGGCGGCACUUUAAAGUGAAGAAAACGCACUUUUGGGCUGAGCACACGUGUCUGGCUUGCGAUUACCUUCGCAGGCGGAGGGAGUACAAGGCCAUCAAGAACCUGGACAAGUGGUACUGGGGCUGAUGACGUUUAUUCAUCAGCCUCAGCAAGAUACCUCCCGGGACCUGCACUUUUUCUUUCUGUAUUGAUUGAGUGACCAAUUUUAUUUCACGUGCGGCCAUUUUGGUAAGCCUUAUUGUUACAUUUCUCCCGUCCUCCCGCCUAUGAACACAUUCAACAGUUGAUCAGUGGUGCUUAAACUGUUUGGAUCUUUACUGAUUUUGUAACACACCAAAGUUAAACCACAGGAUUAAAGGUCAAGUGUCAUGAAAUGGAUGAUUUUUAGUGUGUUAUUAAUGAAAAAAUGCCACCCGCUAUGGACUCAUCCGUUUUUUUUUUCACCACAAAACAUGAUUUUGACGUAUACGGCUUUUUGUAACUCCCGCCAUGAAAAUCCUUUCGAGGGAUUUGUUUUCGCGAAGAAGCAGGAAACGACGUACGGUGCAGGAGCGUCCUCCAGUGGACUCGUUUGUUUCUAUCAGUUUUACCUCCGGGAAGGUAGCUCGUUGUUCCUUCGCGUUAGCCGAAAUGCCGGCUCGUUACAUUGCCGGAUAUUGCUCGAACGCUCGGGAGGAUGGAUUUACCCUUCAUCAGUUCAUAAGAGACGCGGUUUGUCGUUAAAAAUGGAUUCCGCGGGUGCAAAGGACAAGAGCAUUGUGGGUCCCAUAACGUAACAAAAGAUCUGCAUACGUAUGACAGAGGUGCUAAAUGUGUCGACGUGUCGGUCGGCUGGCCGGCAAAGGCUGCAGCGUCAGGCUUGCGGACGGCAACGGCGCACUCAGCCGGUGGCCUUGUCAGCCGGGUUGGCUCGUUGCGGCGCUGGGCCGUGACGGCUCAUCUGCGCCACGGAAGCGAAUCGUACAGGGAGGGGGUUUGGCCCUGAUCCGCAUAUCAUCUAAAUAUGGCUCGAAACAAAGGGGAAUAUUGGCCCGAUAACUUCACUCGGUUGUGUGAUAGUCUCGUCUUCCUUCCGUGUCAGAAGGGGUGUGUUCGUCUCCCGUAGUAGGGCUCCACAGCGUGUUUUCAUCGGCAAAUGUCCGGGGUGAUGUCACGGACAGGAGAUGCAGCCAAUAUGGCGACCACUUGGGUAUCGAACGACACUUACGCGACUUUGCGCAUGGAUGACGCGCUCUCCGCUCAUCUUUAUUUUUCCGUAUAGACAUUGAAGUGAAUAAUGUUAUAUGUAUUUUUCAUUACAAUAUCCAUUUUCGAAUGUUUAUAGGGAUGACGCUUGACCUUUAAUCAUCACAUUUUAUGCAGAGUUCCCAAGAUAUUAAAACAACCAAUAGAACGAGACCUUGCAACCAAUUUUUAAUGUGAAAGAAAUCCUGAAUGCUUUUAAUUUUUUUCUAUACACACCGUAGCACUUUGAUCUUUCAUUGAAAUGUGAAAUGCAUAUUUGUGUGUGUCAUUAUUAAUAUCAAACACUGAUGUCAUCCUCUGCCCAAAGGGACAAUUUUUUUUUAAAUUACUAUAAUUAAAAA